GUUCCGGUGUUAAAGGUCGUUUGUGUUUGGUAGCGAAGAGUUUUCGUGAAGGGGACUGGACUUGGAUUUACCUGAAUUGGCUGGUUUCUGUACUGCAAUACAGGACUAUUUCAUCUCUUAAGCGGUGGAAAAGUCAGUGCUGCUUGAGUUCGUUUUAAGGAAUGCGUAAGAAAAUAAUGCAAGGGCAGGAGAGAACAGCAAAUAAAGAAAGGAUGGAUUACUGGAGAUGUGAAGUCCCCCCCCGUUCCAAACACUCCACCAUUAUUAAAGUCCCCAAGAAACACUUCGUCACAGGACUAAAUGACUACAGGCCUGUCACUCUGAAGUCCUUUAAGCAGCUGUUAUCGACCUACCUGAGGAUUAUCACUGGACAGUUAUUGGAUCCCCUGCAGUUUGCUUACCGAGCAAACAGUUAUGCUGCAGGUGAAUUGAAGCUGGCCUUUAACCAACACUGAAUCCAUUAUGUGUGAGGUCCAGGCCACUGUGGAGUUUUCUGUAGAGCUCCACAAGUUUUACAAUGUGGAUCUAUUUCAGAGAGGGUUUUAUCAGGUCCGCGGCACUAUGAAAGUACCUCCCCGGAUCCCUCAUAAAAUAGAGACUAGUCUUCUUCAUCCCACAAAUUCAGAUAUGGUUCUUCCUGCAUCUGUGCAAGGUGACGUCAUCUACAGCAAAACCUUUCAGAUUCUCUACAAAAAUGAGGAAAUAGUAGUCAACGAUGUCUUCCUAUUUAAGGUGAUGAUGCUGCUAGAUGAGAAGAAGGUGGAAGAGUCUCUAAAUGAUAUGUAUUUUCAACUUUCUCUGGACCUCUACUUUACAGAUGGUGACUACAUGCCGGAGGAUUCGAGGUCAUUACAGAGUAUCAGCAGUCGAACUUUACGAUUACAUUUUAGUCUCCAGAAAGGCGUGCACCAGCACAUCAAUGUCAUGUUUGACUACUUUCACUUAUCAAUCAUCUCUGUCACCAUCCAUGCCUCUCUGGUGGCACUGCAUCAACCACUCAUUAGUUUCCCACGGCUUGGGAAAAGCACCUGGCUAAACCGUAACGUCCCGGCACAGAGCAAAGACCUUCUGAUUCCCACUCUGGAGACUGUGGUAUUUGGCUGCACCUAUGUCAAGCAACUGUCCCAAGAUGGCAAGACCUUCCUAGUGGCAGAUCAGUGUCUGCAGCAUGCAUUCAACUUUCACCAUAGUCUCUGUGCUACCUUGCUGCUGGCUUACCAGGGCAUCUUUGAGUACUUUACGGUUCUUACAGAGAGCCUCCCUUCCUCUCACCGCAUGGAGCUUGCCAAGCCCAGCAUGCAAGUCCUAUAUGAGCGAGUUCUAAGAAGACCUUUUCCCAGAAGCCAAAGGCACAUCCACAUAGAAAAACUGGACGUGGAAGCUCGUCUCCAUGAGCUUUGCGAACAUGUCAAGCAGAAGGCAGAGAGCCCAGAUGAGCUUGCUGAACUAGUUAAUAUGAAUCUAGCACAGUUAUGUUCUCUGCUGAUGGCUCUAUGGGGCCAGUUCCUGGAAACCGUUACCCUGAAUGAGAGUGUCAUGGCACUGUUGGCCCAAGAACAUCACAUUCUCAGAGUACAGAGAUUUUCUGAGGCUUUCUUUUACCUUGAGCACCCUAGACAGGCUGCGCUGGCGUUCCAAGAGUUGCAUGCACAUAGCCACCAGCAGAUGACUGGAGUUAUUAAGAACUCGUCGUACUUUCUUUCCCUACCACCACUUUCUGUGGAAUGUGCCGAACUAGAUGGUGAUGUCAACUCCCUGCCAAUCAUCUUUGAGGAUCGAUAUCUAGAAUCCAUUAAAGAGGAUCAUGAUGGCCAUUGGCUUGGCCUGCCCAUCCCCAGGAGUGGCUCUGGGCCUAUUAAACCAGAUAAGCCUGUUUUGAAAGAAAUAGGUUCUCUCAGUCCUUACCCAGAACUCAGUCAAGCUUCUGUAGUCAAUAACUGGCCCCAGGAGAAUGCUCCUCCAAUAAAAUCCAAAUCUAAAUCCAUCAAACUGAGGAAGAAUAUCAAGACUGAGAACUGUAAAAAACUUAUCAGACAGUGCUCAAAGGACUCUGUGAUUUUGACAGGCUUCAAGAACCUGAAGGUCCUUCAUGAUGAACCAGAUGACAAGUCAAAAGUGGACUUUCACUGCAGUCAGAAAGAGAAACAAGAAUAUUUGCUUGGAGAUCCCGGCGGCAAGUUUAUGUCCAAAUACGUGAAUCUGGACAGCUCCACAGCAUACAUGAAUCCUAAUGUCAGUAGAACUUUCCCUAUAGAACUUGUGCAUAACAGCCAUGCUAACACCAUCAUUCAAAGUGAGAGUUUUACAAAUCAGCCAAGUUCACAAGAACUGGGAUGUACUGAAACCGUCACAGAGGAAUCCAAUAUUAUGGUCAUACCUGAUGGGCUUGCACAUACUGCGGUCAAAACUAGUAAUAAAAGCCCUUACCAGGGCGAUAAGGUCACUGUCUUAUUUUCAAGCCCAAGUCAUCCAACACUAACAGGAGGAAGCAUUUCGGAGAUUACACAAAAAGAUUGCUGUGGCUCUAUGCCCCAACAUAGAGAGAAUUGUGGUAACAGAGAGAUCAUGGAUGUGGGGUUAGAUUGUGCCAUCACACUGAGGAGUUAUUGUUUACCCCAAGCGGCAUCAAGACUCUCAGAUUCAGGUAUUGAGAGUGAGCCUAUUUCUACCACAUUACUAGUACCAGGUCCUCAGACUGUUUCCAGUUUUGCUGAAGUGAAUCAAGACUUGGCUUCACAACAGGUUAAACAGACCACUACAAAGGGCCCUAGAUUUGCCCUCAAACAAUGUCAUCUCACUACGGUUACAAAAGGGCCUAAUGGAGCAGAGGGGACAAACCCAGAGAGUACUUGUGAUGUGAGUGGGAUACAGUCUUCUCUAACCUCCAUAAACUCGCUUCCUUUAGAUGAUGAGAUGGAUGCUGAGGUUCCGUAUCGAAUUUCCAGUGUCAUUUUGCAGGAACAAAACUUGGUUUUCUCUGAUAGAACUGAUAUCAGUGUCUCUUUUCAGGCUACCAGCCCAACGAGGUCCUUAGUUCACCAAGAAGUCUCCCCUGUACACGUUAAUGAUCCAGUGUUUCACAGUGACGAGGCUUCUGUUGUUCUUUCCGUUUGCAAAGCUUUUGCUUCUCACCAGAUAUCUGAGUCUGCUAGGCUUGGAACCCCUGUUGGGGAAGAUGUAGGGCUGGACAUUGGCAUUGAUAUGCAAACAGCAGCACAGUCUAGUAUGUCAGCCACUAGUAGUACAGACCUGGUAAAAAAAGGUUUAGUAGAGAAUUAUUUUGGUUCAUUCUCCAGCGCUGAUAUUUCUGAGAUAAGCCCUGAGGAAACACCAGCUGUUAUGCCGGGCAUCCAGAGAGGUGUCCAAGCCACUGAAGAAGAAGAAGAAGAAGAAGAAGAAGAAGAAAAGCUAAACCAUGAGAUGAUAGAAAAUGGCUACUAUGAGGAGAACGAUAAGUCAGUCUCUGUCAAUGGUUUGCCAGAAUUGAAAGAAAGAAGUGGUGAUGGGAAUGCCAGCAGGACCUCAGAAGCUGCAUGCCCUUAUUUGGAGCACCUCAAGAAUAUUCAUUUCCCCAGGACCUACCUUCAAAAGCCACCACCUAAGCCACUGUGUACCUGUAUAAUUAGGCAGUGGUAUGAGAGCUCCCCUCCUGCCCAGAUGAAAGCAUUUGCGCAGGCAAGAGAGGAGCUGAAGAAGAUUAAUCUGCCAGGAUGCCUGUACAGUGAAGUGUCUGAGUUUGCUUCAACUGUGCCAUAUUUUAGCCUGGAUGAGGAUGAGGUCUGUGAUGAGGGUGUUCAUCUCAUUGUGUGCGUCCAUGGCCUAGAUGGUAACAGUGCAGAUUUAAGGUUGGUGAAGACCUACCUAGAACUGGGCUUGCCUGGAUCUCGUAUAGAGUUUUUGAUGUCAGAGCGUAACCAGAAUGACACUUUUGCUGACUUUGAUUCUAUGACUGACCGACUUUUGGAUGAAAUUGUACAAUAUAUACAAAUCUACAAUCUCUCAGUUUCUAAAAUAAGCUUUGUGGGUCAUUCUCUGGGAAAUCUGAUAGUGCGAUCUGUGUUGACAAGGCAGAAGUUUAAGGUCUAUCUUAACAAACUUCAUACCUUCCUUUCACUGUCUGGACCACAUCUUGGCACUCUCUACAACAGCUCAGCUCUCGUCAAUACUGGACUGUGGUUCAUGCAAAAAUGGAAGAAGUCUGGCUCACUAUUGCAGCUGACUUGUCGUGAUCACUCAGACCCACGGCAGACAUUUCUCUACAAGCUAAGCAAGAAAGAUGGUCUUCAGUUUUUUAGAAAUGUGGUGCUGGUGGGCUCUCUGCAGGACCGUUAUGUGCCCUAUCACUCUGCUCGCAUUGAGAUGUGCAAAACAGCCUUAAAAGAUAAACAGAUGGGGCCAGUGUAUGCUGAGAUGAUUGAGAACUUAUUAAUACCUGUGCUCCAGAACAAAGACUGUAACCUGGUUCGAUACAACGUUGUUCAUGCCCUGCCCAACACAGCCAACUCUUUAAUAGGUCGGGCAGCCCACAUUGCUGUUCUGGAUUCUGAAAUAUUCCUGGAGAAGUUCUUCUUGGUAGCUGGACUAAAGUUUUUUCAGUAGCUGGUUAGGCCGGAAGAUGGCACAAAUACCUCCCAACGUCGAAACAGACAUUCUCAAGGGCCCGUCACUUUUCAAUGGCCUAUAUUUUCUUCUAAAUAUUUAAUUGUUCUUUAGCUCAUCUUAAGUAUAGUGUUCAUAAUUAAAAAUUUUUGUAUUGGCAUUUUUAAAAGUUAUUAUUUUCACUAUUCUUUUCAUUACAAAAAUAGUAACUUUACAACGUGUAUCAGUGUUAUUUAAGUUAAACAUUUGUCUAAUGGGGAAGAACGUUCAAAUUUGUUUAAAUAAAACCUUGUUGAUUCUGAACUGGAAAUUAAACUAAAUGAAUUUAUCAUACUUAGUAUAGCUUAAUGAAGGGCCUCCUUUGUUGUGAAUACUCAUGUUUAACAGAACACAAAUUCAGUCGGGAGUAUUUGCUAUCCAAACUGCAUUAGAUUACUUUUUAGUAUUCAUUUAUGUACAUGCAUUUUGUCGGAACAGCCUUAUACUUUGUUUUAUGUCUUUUUAGCUGUUGCAGUGUCAUGCACAACAUAUGUUCCCAUAUGUCCCAACCUGGUGUUGGAUAAAAGUAAACAGCAUGUUGAUUCUUUUAAAAAUUUCAAUUUUCCACAUUAAAUUUGUUUAAGUUGAGUAUAAGAAAUUCUUGUAUUAUUUUAUGUUUGUGUUCAAGAAAACUUUAAUUUAUUAUCAGGUGCUAAUUUGUGUUUAUAAGCAAGAUAUUGUAUGCAAGAAAUGUAAAAUAAAUGUCAUUUUUAUUAUUCACAAUUUUUUUCUAUAAUGGACCU